UCAAUAAUUAAGCCAAGAACCAUGACGAGGGAAUACUUGAACUUAAAUAUCAAUUUUUGGAACUCUGCUUUAUAAGCACAGAUGGAGUUACGAUAUCUUGUGUCGCUUCCAUUAUAUAUCCUGUUAGUCCAUUAUACGUUGAGCUAAAUGGGCACAGGAGUUAAGAAGCUAUUAUCGUACCGAAUGAAUCCAAUAUUGGAAUAUUGAUGAGGCAUCAUUUCUAAGAAGAUUUUAUCUUUAGUUUCAUGUCUUGUUUUGAAUCACCAGAUAUCUGGAUGGAUCAAACUCAAAAAUUCUGGACGACCCACAACAUCUAUCGUAAUGCCUAUUCCUCUUCUUUGUGCACAAAUAGUGAAGUUUCGUAUUCUAAAGUCUCUAUGCAAAUUCUUACUACAAAAGCAGGUGAUAUAUUGUAAGAUGUAGUUGCUACUUUUUAUUUUUCCUUGUCUUAGGACAAUUGCUUCAUAAUAGUUUGUUAAUAAACCCCACGUUCCUUGAUUUACCUGAAUUAUGGAAAUAUCUUUGCAGUCCAUACACCUCAGUCAUUAGGGUAGCAUGGGAGUUUGAAGAACCUUGGUGCUAUCCCUUUACUGUUCUUAUUUUGAAAUUACUCUUUAUGCAAUUUCAGGCAUGGUUUAGGUUGAACUAUCUUGCUUGUUAAAGAAGAGAUUUCUUUAUAAAGAGAGAGCAAAGUGAUAAGAACAAUUAUUAAGCUUAUCCCCUGGCGUAGUGGUUUGCUUAAGAUUCCUUAAAUUAUGGAUAAAUUUGGUAAAUUUUAGAAUUAGAAUCACGAUAAUAGUCUUUGUGGCUUUAGCUUGGAGUUAUAUCUUAGUUUCAUCAUGAGAAGAAGAAUACUGAAUUUGUUUU